UUCGACAUGAAGGGCUUAGGAAUAGUGGUGGGCCUUCUGGGCAUCCUGGAGCUCGUCCUGGCCCAGGAUGGCACUUGCGGUGUGAAGUUUGUCAAGUUGGGCAACAGCGCCUAUCAUUUGGAGCGCGGAAAGUUCAACUGGUGGGACUCUGCUCGCCGCUGCAUGGCUUUGGGCUCUCAAUUGGCCCACAUUGACAGCGAGGAGGAGCUGAAUGCCAUCUCCACAUACCUCAACCAGUUGGGAUUUGCCACCACUGAGGCCGUGUGGUUCUCCGGCUUUGGCAUAAAGUCCGGAGCCUGGAUCUCACUGGCCAACUCACAGAUCCUCUCCUACCUCAAGUGGGGUCCUUCAGAGCCUAAUGACUAUGGCUCUGCCGAGAACUGCCUGGGCAUUAAGGUCAACAGUGGCAACUGGUUCAUGUACGACCUGAAUUGCUUUACAGAGUACUCUUACCUGUGCGAGGGCGUUUCGAGGGAGAGUGCAAUUAAUUUAAUAUAAAUUAAAUAUGCUUUUACAUGGUUUAAAAUAUAACAUGAAAUAUUAUAGUAUUGUGACUUUAAUUCUACAAUAAAUAAAGUAUUUC